AUGCUGGUGCACACUUACUCCGCCAUGGAGCGCCCCGACGGGCUGGCCGCAGCGGCUGGCGGGACCCGCCUGUCAUCUCUGCCCCAGGCGGCCUACGGACCCGCACCGCCACUGUGCCACACGCCCGCCGCUACUGCCGCCGCGGACUUUCAGCCUCCUUACUUCCCGCCACCCUACCCGCAGCCGCCGCUGCCCUACGGCCAGGGCCCCGACGCCACAGCCGCCUUUCCGCACCUGGCCGCGGACCCUUACGGCGGUCUAGCACCCCUGGCACAGCCUCAGCCGCCGCAGGCUGCCUGGGCCGCGCCCCGCGCUGCCACCCGCGCCCACGAAGAGCAGCCCGGCUUGCUGGCGCCACCCGCCCGCGCUCUGGGCCUCGACCCGCGCAGAGACUACGCUGCCGCGGUACCCCGGCUCCUGCACAGCCUCGCCGACGGCGCGCACGGCCUGGCAGAUGCUCCCCUUGGUCUUCCCGGGCUAGCGGCGCCCCCCGGCCUGGAGGAACUGCAGGCGAUAGACGACCCGGGAAUGAGCCUCCUGGACCAAUCCGUGAUCAAGAAAGUCCCCAUUCCCUCCAAAGUCGGCAGCCUCUCCGCCCUCUCCCUGGCCAAAGACAGCCUGGUUGGCGGCAUCAGCAAUCCCAGUGAGGUCUUCUGCUCCGUGCCUGGCCGGCUGUCGUUGCUCAGCUCAACAUCCAAGUACAAGGUGACCGUGGGGGAGGUGCAGCGGCGACUCUCACCUCCAGAGUGCCUCAACGCCUCCCUCCUGGGGGGUGUCCUCCGAAGGGCCAAGUCCAAGAAUGGGGGCCGGUGUCUGCGGGAGCGACUGGAGAAGAUCGGGCUCAACCUGCCAGCUGGCCGUCGGAAGGCAGCUAAUGUGACUCUGCUGACCUCUCUGGUGGAAGGAGAAGCUGUACACCUGGCCCGGGACUUUGGUUAUGUCUGUGAGACGGAGUUUCCAGCCAAGGCAGCUGCUGAGUACCUAUGCCGACAGCACGCUGACCCUGGGGAACUGCACAGCCGCAAGAGCAUGCUGCUGGCUGCCAAGCAGAUCUGCAAGGAGUUUGCAGACUUGAUGGCUCAGGACCGCUCCCCGCUGGGCAACAGCCGCCCAGCGCUCAUCCUGGACCCUGGGGUACAGAGCUGUCUGACACACUUCAGUCUCAUCACUCACGGCUUCGGGGGGCCCGCCAUCUGUGCUGCCCUCACGGCCUUCCAGAACUACCUGCUGGAGUCGCUCAAAGGACUGGACAAGAUGUUUCUAAGCAGCCCGGGCAGCGGGCACGGAGAAACCAAGGCUUCAGAGAAGGAUGCCAAGCAUCGGAAGUAA